AUGCAUACAACUCAUCUUCUUCUUGUUUCUCUUCCAAUAUCUGCUUUAUCUCGAAAAAAUGGUAUUGUGCCUUUGGGCAGUACUUUGACUGCAGGUGAAACAUCUGCUAGUCCUUGGCUUUCACCUUCUGGCGAUUUUGCAUUCGGGUUCCAGGAAGUACAGCAUAAGGAUCUGUUCUUGCUUUCCAUAUGGUAUCACAAGAUACCAGACAAUACUGUAGUUUGGUUUGUUUAUUCAACAAAUCCAGUGCCACGAGGAUCGACUGUAAAGCUUGAUCCUCAAACAGGGCUUGUGCACUGUGACCCUCGAGGCUUACAACUUUGGAGUGCUAAUGUUGAUUCUGCUCAAAUUGAUCAUGGUUUUAUGAAUGAUACCGCAACAAGCUUUUCUAGAGGAAGAUUUUAUCUCCGUUUUCGUGAUGACGGGAAUCUAGUGCUUGUUACCAAGAGUGUGUCAACCAAUGUGGAUGACGAUGCUGAGUACUACAAUAGUAAGACUUCUGACUCUAGAGAUCCACUGUAUUCUGGUAGCCGAGUUACUUUUGAUGGCAGAGGCGCCAUGUACAUAAUGAAAAAGGACAAUCAAACAGAGCAGCUGAGUCCAUUUUCAAUACCACCAGCAUCAGAAAACUAUCAUCGGGCAACAAUAGAUUUUGAUGGGGUCUUCACACAUUAUUAUCAUCCUAGAACUCUUACUGGAAAUCCGAACUGGAAGGCUCUUGGUAUUUGCCGCAGAAUAUAUGUAUCAGCCUUCGAGCAAAUCACAGGGGCAGUGGAGCUUGUGGAUUUAACAACAUUUGCAACCUCAAAAAUGGAAAACCAGUUUGUGAGUGUCCAAAAAGAAAACCUUUAUGAUUUUGAGGUUGUCUCUGACAUAGAUUGGCCACUGUCUGACUUUGAGCAAAUACAUCCUUCAAAUGAAAGAGUCUGUGUGCAAAAAUGCUUGCAUGAUUGUUUCUGCGCUGUUGCCAUUUACAGAGAAAACAAUUGCUGGAAGAAGGGGCCGCCACUAUCAAAUGGGAAGGCAGAUAAGACUAUUCACUCCAAAGCUUUCAUCAAAACCGCAAGAGUGAUGAAUCAAAGCCAAAGGACCGAGGCACCUUUAUACGUGUGGAACCUGUCCUUCUGGGCACCUCUUUCUUAG